AUGAACGGGAUAUUUGUGGACACCUUGAAGGACCCAUUCUUUGAUCGAUUAGUGAGCAGUGCCGAAUCUGACUUCGCACAUCUCGUUACGAUUGGGGACCGUAUAGAGAAGGGGUUAAGGGAUGGAAAGAUUCCUGGAGCAGUGACAACAUCUAGAGCACCAAAGAAAUAUUCUGGAGGCUUCCCAAAGAAAAGAGAAGCCGAUGCAGCAACAACAAAUGUAUCAACCACAACAUCAACAACAUCAUCAUCAGCAAAAUACGCACCACCAAGACAGUUCAAGCCAAGACCUCCAAGAAGACAACUUGAUCCUCUACCAGUACCUUAUAGUCAGAUAUUCCCAUAUCUGCAGAAGGAGGGCCUUCUAACAUUGAGGGAGUUAAAACCAGUUGUUUUUCCGUAUCCACCUAGAUACGACGCUAAUGCCCAUUGUGAAUUCCACAUAGGAGCACCUGGUCAUAGUUUGGAAAACUGUUUCGCAUUUCAAAAUCGAGUACAAGACUUGAUCGAAGCCAAGGUCGUUCCUUUCACUCCAAGACGCCCGAACGUGAAUACCAACCCUAUACCGACGCAUAAGGAUGCUUCCGUCAGUGCCAUUGAGGAGAGUGAUGAAGGAAAAUUAAUCCGUAAGGUUGAAGAGAUUCAAACCCCUAUCACCAUGAUAGGAGCAGAAUUGCUGAAGAGUGGUCUGAUCCUGAAAGAGCUGGUUGAGGAAGAGAAUAAUGAAGGGUUGAGGAGUUUUAUACAACAAAUGAUGGAUCGAGGUGAGUUACAGAUAACUUACCGUGUCAAGAGCAAGCGUCAGGAAGAGAUAGCCGUGGUAGAUAUCCCCUAUGAUGAGGUCAAAGUAGAAAUACCUAUAAGCCCGUUGGUGAUAGAGUUCCCAGCACCAUUCAAAUAUAAAGAUGAGAAGGCAGUCCCAUGGAUAUAUCAGCCCAGAGCUUUUAAGCAGGGGAAGGAAGAUAAACCUCUAAUGAUUAACGAACCAAAUGUCACUUCAAUUGUGGGCCUAGCAGAAAUGACACGCAGUGGCCGAAUGUUCACACCAAGAACUGCUGAUACUUCUGAGAGAGCUAAAGGGAAGGAGGCUGCUGUCCAGAUCCCCAUUCCUAAUCAGGGGAUGCAAGACAUACACCUGUCUCCUAAAGCUGGUGUCACUCGUGAGGAGGCUGAGGAGUUUUUGAGAAUAAUCAAGAAAAGUGCUCCGCGUUUAGAGGAGGAUAGUGGUAGCACACUUUUGACGUCAUUGCUCUGA